AUGAACGAAUUUACUGUUGAUGCUAUUUUAGGCAAUCAGAUUGUACAACAGAAUAAUCUAACUUUAAACAAUACACAAAUGAUUGAUGAUAAUCACACUGAACAAAUUAACACUUUGUAUAAAAAUUCAACAAUCAGUAAUAAUAUCAAAGUUAAUAGUACAUCAA